AUGACCGACGAAAAAAGAACGAAAGAGAUUGUAGUGCUUACUAGCACUAAGAUCAAAAGGAGAUUCUAUAGAUUGAAUGAAGCUUGCUUUAAUGUGCUAAGAGCGCUACUAAGCGAGCGCGGCCGAAGCCGUUUAAAAAAUCCUUUCUUUACUUUAGCUAUUGCUAUUAUUGCAGCUGCGGCGGCUGCGACGGCUAUACUACGCACUCUUACUUUUAAAGCUUCGCUUUUUCUUUUAAACUUUUUUAUUAAGCGCUUGCUUAUGCUAACGACCGUUAAAGCUUUAAAGUGCAUUAAGUACAUUAAUAAUAAGAUCAUAUCGAAGUUUAAUAAAGACUAUUACAAUUGCGAUACGAGCGUUAUUCGUUAUCUCCGGUGUGUUAAAAGUAGUUAUAGCAACUAUACCGCUGCUUUUAUUACUGCUAACACCGCUUUCGAUAACUUCUUCGCUUUAAAUGCUAUUUUUUCAAGAAGUGCUGCUAAUAAUCCGGGCGGUUUAGCGAAUAAAAGUAAAAGUUUUAAAAAUAGUUUCGAUAGCUUUGCAAGUUUUGCUUUUGCUUUUAAGACCUUUAAUUUAAAUAUAGCUUUUAUUAGAUUGAAUAGUCUUAUAGCAGCGAAUCGUAAUCCGAUGACUCGAAGCGCUUCGAGCAUAUUAUUCUUUCCAGCUCUUGCGCUUGCUGCUCUUGUUGCUCUCGUCGCUCUCGCUGCUCUCGUCGCUCUCGCAGCUUUCGUCGCUUUCGUCGCACUUAUUAUCGUCGCUUUUUUUGCGCUAGUCGUUGCGCUUGCCGCUCUCGCGGCGGCGCUCGCCGUUGUUAUAACUUUUACGGAGCGCUAA